CCGAAGCCCCGCCCACAGUAAUAUCCCGGAUCAGGAAAAGCGCUCAAACGCGCAUGACGCCAAAAGCAGGAACAGGAAUCCUUUUUAAAUCCGCGGAUCGUGAUUGGGCGCGCGCGCACACACCUCCUCACCGACACCCAUCCAUCCAGAACCCGCUACACAAAUAGACAGUAAACCUCGCAGGUGGUAGUCAAGCUAGAAGGUGAAAUUUUCCACUACGACGCGAUUAGAGACUUACAGCCGAGCCUCGAGACUCAUCACAGACAUUUCAGCUCAGGACAGGCCUGAGGGCUAACUAACGAACUAACUAACCAACUAACCAAGCAGCUCGAAUAAAACCCAGUUAACCCUUCAAACCCGGGUUGAGCUCGUCUAAAGCAGCGCUUGCUUGCUUGUGUCAGCUUGAAGCAGUGAUGGACUUCCUUGCUGGAUGCAUAGGAGGUGCUGCCGGGGUCCUCGUUGGACAUCCUUUUGACACAGUUAAGGUUCGUCUUCAGGUCCAGAGUGUGGAUAAACCACUUUACCGAGGGACUUUUCACUGUUUCCAGUCCAUCAUACGUCAAGAGUCAAUGCUUGGCCUUUAUAAAGGCAUUGGGUCGCCCAUGAUGGGCCUGACGUUCAUCAACGCUAUCGUCUUUGGUGUUCAGGGCAACGCCAUGCGCAGGUUGGGCGAGGAUACACCCAUGAACCAGUUCCUAGCCGGAGCGGCGGCCGGCGCCAUCCAGUGUGUGAUCUGCUGUCCGAUGGAACUGGCCAAGACCCGAAUGCAGAUGCAAGGAACAGGCGAGAAGAAGUCGUCCUCUCGGAAGGUCUAUAAGAACUCGCUGGACUGCUUGGCUCGUAUUUACCAGCGGCAGGGUUUGCGAGGAGUCAACCGAGGAAUGGUUACGACUCUCAUCCGAGAGACGCCGGGAUUCGGCGUUUAUUUCCUCGCUUACGACCUCCUGACGCGUUCGCUGGGAUGCGAGCCGGAGGAUCCGUACAUGAUUCCCAAACUGCUGUUCGCCGGAGGCAUGUCGGGAAUCGCGUCUUGGCUUUCAACGUAUCCUGUGGACGUGAUAAAAUCCCGACUCCAAGCCGACGGGGUCGGAGGAAAGUACCAGUACAGCAGCAUCAUGGACUGCACGAGGAAGAGCAUCCAACGCGAAGGUUGGCGGGUUUUCACGCGCGGACUUACUUCGACUCUCUUACGGGCUUUUCCAGUCAACGCAGCCACUUUCGCUACAGUCACACUCUUUCUUUUGUACGUACGUCCGGACGAGGGAUCGAAAGAUUGCGAAGCGGCUCCAGCUUCGCAUCAAGCACCAUUGCAGCAGCAGCAGCAGCAGCAAGCGCAAAAAUCCAGUCUUUGAGUAACUCAUCUUUCUGGGAUAUCGACUAGCGUAGCACUUCCCAAAAUAAUGGCUGGCCUGUUACUAAUCCGAACAGUGCAUCGAGCACAUCUGUCCUCUGUAAACAGAACUGCACAACCUUUAUAUCCAAACAGUGACUCUGUAAAUAUAUAUUUUUACAUUCAAUGAUAUUUAACAAAUACGUUCCCUGUGGCUGCCUUACGAGAGCUGAAAGAAUCCGUCCUCCUGAAAGUAAGAGUUUGCGUGUUUCCUUUUGUUGUCACUUGGCAGAACCGGUAAAACUUGCUUUGAUGCUGCAAAUUAUUUCUACACUGAAGAGAAUCCAGUGUCUAAACAGAUCACUGGAAGUUUGGACACCUGUUGAUGUGAAUGAUUGGAGGCAGUGACGUGUGGAUGUAGAACAUAGGUUUUAGGUCAUUUGUGGUAUCCACUGGAACGUUUUGGAAUGGUGCAUUUUGGGAAAGUAGUUAUCAAGGUCCUUCCCAUUCUCGUUUUUGUUUGCAUCAAACUUAAUACAGCCUCGGACAUAGAUUACAUUUGUACUCUCAACCCCACCCAGACUUGGACAAAUAUGAUUUUUGGCACUGGAGAAUAUAGUCUUUGUUAUAUUACAAUGUUUUUAAUCUGAGGCGUGAGAACCUCUUUUAGUGUAAUUGCCUACAAGGUUGCGAUAUCGUGGCUCACCGUUAAAGUUGUGAAACUAAUAUGGUAGACACAAAAU